AAAUUAAUUAAUGAAAGAGGAAUCAUAAGCUUCCUCAAUGAGAAAGAAACGUCCAAAGAGCUCGCUCCCUUGCCCUAACCUCUUCUUCUUCGUCUUCUUCGUCCUCUCCUCGAUGCCUCGCCGUCGCCACCGCCUCCGCUGCCCUUUUCUGGCGACAACCGCAUUCUCCGGCGCCGCCGUCCUCGUCCUCCUCUUCAUCUCUCUCCUCUCCUUCUUCACCCCUCCGUUCGUCGAUCACCGCCCCGAGAACCAGCUCAGCUCGUUCGAGCACCUCGAUAUUCAUGAAACCGAACCUGAACGCGAUAUUUUGUUUCAAGUUCCCGGGGAAGGAGGGAGGUUGAAGCAGGAUUUGUGGAGGUCGAAGAGGGCGGGGAGUUUCUAUGGGUGUAGCAAUGCGAGCAAGAAGUUUGAAGGUGAAGUUAAUACGCGGCCGGAUAGGUAUUUGGUGAUUGCAACUAGUGGAGGAUUGAAUCAGCAGAGGACUGGGAUAGUAGACGCAGUUGUUGCAGCACGCAUUUUGAAUGCAACCCUUAUUGUUCCAAAACUAGACCAGAAAUCUUUCUGGAAGGAUGCCAGCAAUUUUGCCGAAAUAUUUGAUGUUGGCUGGUUUAUAUCCUUUCUCAAAAAAGAUGUAAAAAUUUUAAAAGAGCUUCCAAGAAAAGGUGGGAAAGUCAUUAGGGCUCCAUAUAAUAUGCGUGUUCCAAGGAAAUGCACCCCAAGAUGCUACCAAACACGAGUCUUACCUGUUCUUCUAAAAAAGCAUGCUGUUCAGCUUUCAAAGUUUGAUUAUAGGCUUGCAAAUAGAUUGCAGACAGAUUUGCAGAAGUUACGGUGCAGGGUAAAUUAUCAUGCUUUGAGAUUCACCAGCCAAAUUCGAAAAAUGGGGGAGAUAUUGGUCGGCAGAAUGAGGGCAAGAAGCAAGCAUUUUAUUGCCCUUCACCUUCGAUUUGAACCUGAUAUGCUUGCAUUUUCUGGAUGCUAUUAUGGUGGAGGAGAAAAAGAAAGAAGAGAAUUGGGUGCAAUACGCAAGAGAUGGAAAACUUUACAUAUAAGCAAUCCAGAGAAAGAACGGAGGCAUGGAAAAUGUCCACUAACUCCAGAAGAGGUAGGCCUAAUGCUGAGGGCACUUGGCUAUGGAAACGAUGUUCACAUUUAUGUAGCAUCUGGUGAAGUAUAUGGUGGUGAAGAGACAUUGGCACCGCUGAAAGCAUUAUUCCCCAAUUUCCAUUCUAAAGAAACUAUAGCAAGCAAGGAGGAGUUAGAACCAUUUUCCUCAUUUUCCUCUCGCAUGGCUGCUCUUGAUUUUAUUGUUUGUGAUGAAAGCGAUGCGUUUGUAACAAACAAUAAUGGCAAUAUGGCCAGAAUUCUAGCAGGGCGAAGGAGAUAUUUUGGGCACAAGAGAACCAUACGUCCGAAUGCUAAAAAACUGAACUCUCUGUUUCUAAACCGUUCUAACCUAACAUGGGAAGCAUUUUCUUCCAAGGUUCGCACUUAUCAAAGAGGAUUCAUGGGUGAACCUAAGGAGAUAAGACCUGGCAGAGGAGAAUUCCAUGAAAACCCCUCAACUUGUAUAUGUGAGAACUCUGAAGCAAAAAAAAAUUCCACUAUUCAGAAUCCGCUCAGGGUUAAUAGCAGUGGAAGAAAAGAGGGUUUAAGCAAAUUUAUUAGUGAGCCAGCAUAUAAUCAUGAUGUCGAUAACCAUGAUGGUGAGGAUGACAGUCGAGAUGCUGAUGAGGAGCCUGAGUUGCCUGAUUUUGAUGAUGAAGAGAAUUCGCUUCAAGCAAAAUCAGCAUUGAAUGAUACUGAGUUAGAAAAUGAUCCCUUGGCGAGAUCUGAGGAUCCGGAAGAGAUGUUUUCAGAUUAGUGAAGUGUGCAGGCAAUGAGCAGAGUUUUGUGAUUUUAACCCCCUUUGAUUUGUUAUAUAUUCUUUUUCGAUUCUUUGGCCAACUGAAAUUGUAUUUCUCUGGAGAUAUUUGUUGGUGAAGGAAGUGUACAUCUCUUGUUCCACUAGAGCUCAGCAUCGCGGUACAAAGUUGAAGAACAAUUUGGCCACUGAGCUCUAUGUACAUCGAAGAACAGCUUUAAACUUUCAGUUUGUAGUUUUUGAGCAGCAUAAUCUUCAAGCUGCCGGUAAUUACCUUCUUCUUUUUCCCUUUAUUUGCUCUUGUAAAUUUUUUUUAUGAUUAGAAGCCUGUGUUUAAGAUUGCUUGGGUAAAGGGCACUGUAUUACUGUUCAUGUUGCAGUUUUCAUGUGUGUUUUAUAAGCUAAUUCUUCUAUCGGCAUACAUGAGUUAUUAAUUUAAUUUGAAAUAUACGAACGUA